CGUAAUAUUUACAUCGACUGUCGUGUUCCUAUUAUUUAUAUUUUGUUUUUGUCUGCUAUGAAUUUGAAACUAGUUAAAGCGCUGUUUGUUCCUGCUUUUGUAUUUUUAGUAUUAUGCAAUGAAACCAAACAAUCAGACGUCAUUAAUGCCACGAGAAUUGGUACAGAAUCAACGGCUAGAAUCAUGAAGGCAUUUUUAAUGCAAUGUCCUCAUAAUUUUAGCAGCCGUAACAAUGUUCAAGUCAGAGUUCAGAUAGCAAUGCACACCUCAACCAUUAAGAACACCGAUUCUUUUGUGGGAAAAAUCUUACUCGCUGAAUUGUUCGAUUUAAAUAGACGUUUGGCGUGUGACUUAAAGGCUCCGUCAUUGGUGGAAGUUUCCAAUGAGAAUUACGUAUUGAUGUAUCCUUUAAAGAUUGAAAAUACAUUGCAAGCCAUUAAGGAAACUAGUGGCGCGGUAAAAACUUUUUACAGCAAUGAAGCAAAGGCAGACACUAAUUUUAACCGAAUUGAAACUGAUGAAGAUGUGCACAGUGGAAACAAUGUCAAACUCCUUGACGACAUAUAUUAUACCGGAUUAAAGCCAUCCGAUUUCUUUAAGCGAAGCGAUUUUAUGCAUACAAAUCCGAAAGAUUUCCGAAGAGAUAGUAUUUGUACAAAGAAUUUUCCAAAGAACAAUAACAAGAACAAUGCCAACAAUGAAUAUGCAAAUGAAGUGUUUUAUGAUGAUAGAAAUCAACAAGAAAAUGAAAAUGCGUUUCCCCGAAAACUCGGUAUGAAUUUGAACAAUAACGAAAUUGAUAAUAUUAUGAGCAACAAGAGAAUGAAAAGCGACAGCGAAUAUAGCAUGGGACAUUUAACAAAGAAUUUGUUCGAUGAUAUGGACGCGUGGAAGCGUCGUAAAAAAAUACAGGAACAUAAAAAUGAGUUCAUUAAGUGUGUUGGAAUGAAAAAUUUUAAGAAAAUCGAUCAUGUUCUGUGUACAUGCGCUAGGAAUGUGGAUGAAGUGUAUGAUGAUGUGGACGAAACGGCAAACGGUGACACCGAACAAAGUGACUGCUUUCAACUGAUAAAUAAUGUGUGUCCAUUGGGACCGGUGUACAGUAAAAACAUUAACUACGAAACGAAAAUGAACGACGAUAUAAGAAAUGUAAAUUAUGGUAAUAUUAAGUCGACAGCAUUUGCAUGCUGUGAUUUACUUCCUCCUUUUUAUUUUGCUCUGGGGAAAAGAUGCUAUAACAUUCUCGGAAUUAAUGAUUUAUAUGUUGACACGGAUAACAAAUGGAUUCGAAUUAGCAAUAGCAAAAUCUUAGACGAAUUGCCAGAAAUAAUAAAAUCCGAUGAUGUUGUGGAUGAAAAAACAUCCUAUUUACGCUCAAAUAUAGAAAAGGAUGAACAAAUAAUUGAAAAUAAAAUUCACAGAUCGGAUUCGUCGGUCCAAGCACCAAAGUAUAUGAAAGAAAUUAGUAGUGAUAGACUCACAAAUUCCCAAUCUGUCCCAUUUUACGAUACUGUUGAUGCAAUUGUCAAUAUUGCAAAGAAACCCAUGGCGCUGCGACAUUAUUAUAAAAAAGAGGCGAAACCAUUCGAUAAAGACAUCUAUGACCCACAUCUGAAUAUUGCCGAUAAAAUGCAACUGAUCAAUAUGAUCAAUCCGAAGCGGCCCUGUGAACGUAAUCGAAUGAAAAACGAACACUCGCUCCGGAAAAGAAAUUUCGAUCCGACCGAUCAAAUUGCCUCAUUGACUGAUGACGAACUCGAUUCUGCAUUGGAGGAUUACGAAUAUUCAGACGCGAAAUUGCAAGAGAAUCCGAAAAAGUUUUCCAACAUUCGGAACACAUCUGCACAUCCCCGGAACGAAUCACUGAAAAAAAUUCAAAAAGUCUGUUCACAGCAUCCAUGUGCACUUGCGUUGCCAUUCAAAAAGGAUCCAUACUAUCACGGUGAAAUACACUUCUUGGACAACAAUGGAUCGAAGCUGAAUUCUCAUCAAAUUGCCGAAAACAUUUGCCGCGAUCAUUUCAACGAAUUCAUACUCAUUCCUUUCGACUAUGAAGAAAAAUAGGAAAAUAAAUUAAUUGCUUCGCCUAGAAUUACAAAUUGUUUACUUCGUAUAAAACAAACAAUUUUAUUUUAUACAAUU